GGAGAGGCGGCCGGGCGGCUGCGGGACGGCGAGAGGCGCCUCUGCCCGGCGGGAAGGAGAGCAGUGACCAAGAGAACAAGAAAUGGACGUGCAUCAGGUUCGACGUGCUGUGCUGGAAGCAAACAGCGUGCUCUCUUCUUCGAGGGAUGGCAUCCAGAUUUACGAGACUUUGCAGACAAUUAAGAGAUAUCUGGGAGGAACUGAAAGUCCACCCUCUGUGAAAGAGAAGGAAGAAUUUAUUCACAGCCACUUCACUACCUUUCUGCAAUGCCUUAUCAGUAACCUGAGUCCUCACUGGAUGGAGCUCUUCCAGUUAGACGAGGAAAAGGAAUUGUGGGAUAGUUUUUUCCUGGAAGGACCAGCGGACCAAUCCUUUAUGGUUUUAUUGGAUUCUAUCAUUUCCACAGGGCCAAGCUUCCGUCUGAACAAAGUUGUCGAUGUCUUGGAGCGAUUCCUACAGAGAGGUGGGCUGUCGUCUUUGAUGUGGGAGGUGUGUAAGCAGCAGUCUCAAGCCGGCUCUUUGGUGCUGCAGGAAGCGCUCCUCAACAAGGUCGUCUGCCUCCCUGACCAUCUCGCCAACAAGCUCCAGGGAGAAAACCACCCGGCCUUCUUUCCACAAAACUACUUCCCCUUGCUUGGUCUGGAAAUCAUCCAGGUGCUUGAGAGGAUCUCAGAAUCGCUGCGAGGUGGUUCGGAUUGCUCCAUCUCCUUCAUGUCUCAGGUGCUGGGGAAGGUCUGUGUGCAUGGAAGGCAAAAAGAGCUCUUGAGUGUGUUGGUGCCCCACCUGACGGAUCGAACCCAGUCUGACUGCAUUUGGCAGCGAAUGUGCUGGCGGCUGAUCGAGAGUGUGCCGGAUCGCUGGAUGGAAGCGGUGAUCUGUGCCUUUGUUCAGGCAGUGCCGGGGCCUGCUGUGUUGUCCCGGCUGCUGGGGAAUUUGGUCGUCAAAAGCAAAAAGGCUCAGUUUGUGAUGACCCAGAAGCUGCUGCUGCUUCAGUAUAGCUAUCCGACCACGCUGUUGCAGAGCCUCCUGGGUUACUUAGCCCUGGACGGCACGCGGCGGACCUUAUUGACUAAGGUUUUGAAAGAGUUGCUCGAGACCUGGGGAAGCAGCAGUGCUGUGAAGCACUCUCCUGUCGAGCAGCAGACGUACAUAAGCCGAGCCAUCCUAAUCUGCCUCUCGCACGUGAAAGACACAGAAAUAGAAAGUCUCAGACAAGAGUUGCUCACGAGCAUGAUGGAAGGAAUGAAGUGCCACUUGGACAGCAACCUGCCGAGAGUCCGAUAUCUGGGAAUGGUAGUAGCAGAGAGCGUCAGUGCCAGGAUCACACCAGAAGGCCCUGCCUUGAAAUUUCAGUAUGAAGAAGACAACGAGAUCCGAGAACUUAAGUCCUUACUGAUUCAGAGACCAGAACAGGCCCUGGUCAGUGAUCUGCCAAGCGUUGUGAACAACAGGCCCUCCAUGACACUGAAUUCUGUUCUGAAACCCAGUGCAAAGCCACGCCCGGGUGCUUCUGAGGGGGACGACUCUGACCUUGACAGUGAUGAUGACCUUGUUCCUUACGACAUGUCUGAAGAUAAAGAGCUGAAGAAGAUCAAGGCUCCUGCCUACAUCCGAGACUGCAUCGAAAUCUUGACGGGGCCUGAAGAUCCAGACAAGUAUGAAGCCACGAUGGGCAUCCUGGAAACUCUGAUCCGAAGGAAUGCAGCAGCUGCGCAAGAGGUGAGUGUGGAACUGACCAAAGUGCUGCUGCAUUUGGAAGAGAAGACCUACAUAGAAGGCUUUAUGGGGCUCCGACAAAGCGCUCUGGUGGCUCUCGCUGUCACAGAUCCGAUCCCAGUGUCCCACUUCUUGACCGCAGAGUUCUACUCUCUGAACUACAGCCUCCGCCAGCGCAUGGACGUGUUGGACGUGCUGGCCACGGCAGCUCAGGAACUUUCUCGGCCCGCCACUCCUAAACCAGAGCGUCUCCCGAGUGUCAAACAGCCCAGCAUCCAGAUCCUCUCUGUUGACAAUCCUCCUCAAAACUGGCAACAAGUUGUGGAUGAAAGGAUCAAAAGCAAGACACGAAGGUUUGCAAAGGGCCCAUCCCGAGCAGAGUUGCCAUGCACCCCCAACAAAUUUGGCCCAGUUGCUGGUCAUUUCUUCUUCCCGCUUCUUCAGAACUUUGACAGGUCUCUGACCACCUUCGACCUUUUGGGUGAUGAUCACAUGGUACUUGGCCGGCUGGCACACACACUGGCAGUUCUGAUGUACUUUGCUGUCAAUACUGGGGUAGCAGCUGUGAUGGGAAAGGCAUUGCUUGAAUUUGUUUGGACCCUUCGCUUUCACGCAGAUGCAUAUGUGCGUCAGGGCCUUCUGUCUUGCGUCUCUUCUACACUCCUCAGCAUCCCUGCAGAACGCCUUCUGGAAGAGGUGGCAGAGGAACUUUUGGAGACCCAGGCUUGGCUGGCAGAUGUAGCAGAGAAGGACCCAGAUGGCGACUGCAGAAGUUUGGCACUACAGAAUCUGUUCCUGAUGGAAAAUUUGAAGAAGAAACUGGGAACGGCUCCUCUUGAGUGAAGAGGACCCAAUGACUGCAGUGGUUUUCCCUUCAUGGGGAUGGGCGUGUGUGAUUUCCUUGUUGCCGCUACGGCUACCAGUUCAGCAGAACAGCAACGGGACUGCCACAUGGCAUUUCCCCACAUUUCCCCUGCCCCAGUCUCCCCUCAGAGGCCAUUCUCCCCCUUUUGGAAUUGGCAAUGGACAGACUGUUAGAGGGUUGUAACUGCAUAAUGAUCUGCCUGCUCGUUCCUCUGAAUUCCAACUUUAAUUUUUUUUAAAAAGUCUCUGUUUCCUUUUGUUGCUGAUGGGUAAGGGAAAAGGCUUAUUUCUGAACUUGGCUAGAAGCCUGCUUUUUUUUAAAAAAAAAAAAAAAGCUGGGAAUUCUGGUGGACUGUUAAAAUGCUCUAAUGCUGUAACACUAUGUCAGUCGCUGAUUAUUAGAAAAAAAAACAAAAGCCUCAAAGGGGUAAGGGGUGAAAUGGCCAGUGGGGCAGGAGGGCUUGGGACAGGGGUAAUGACAUCAAUGUGAGCAGGGCCAGGAAGAUUUAGUUUUGCAGGAUUUCUUCAUACAGUGAUUGUGGAAGCUUUUCACACAACUCCGCAGUGCCAGAAGGCACACAUCAGUUGGGGCUGAACGAGAACCUGACCCAUCAACCAGUCGGUCCAUUUCAGCACGCGUGACUUCUGGCAAGUGGGUUGUCUCCAUCCACACAAGCACUGGCCAAGACCAGAACAAAGAAAAUGCUGUGUCAGUUGUGGAGGGGGUGGGUGCGCAAAGAGAUGUAAAG